UUUUUUAUCUGUGGUUUAGUAAGUCGACUUGCCGUCAGCUCGCACGUCACGUCACGUCAGGCGCUUAAAUAAAUAUGUUAAAAAUAUAAUGCCAAGUUUGUAAGUGAAGAAAUAUCAGCAUCCAGUAUGGAUAUGAAAAUAGAGUUCAAUGACACUGAUGAAUCACCAAUAGUUCCUCCGAACAGUAUAGGUGCAUGGAGUAUUAAGAAUGACACUUCAGUGCUAAUCACAGACCAACAGCCUAGUGGAUCUCAUAGGAAAAUUAUUAGGCGAUGGAAUCGUUUGUCAAGACUGCAACGAUCAAUAGUUUAUGCUCUAUUUGUGAUAGCGGGAACUGUCUUAGUGAUGUUUUAUGUCUCAAAGGUUUCUGCAGCUAAUGUAAAUAAAAUUAAUCAUAGUGAUUUAGCACAAGAAAGUCUAAAAAAUGUUUCUCUAGUCAACGAACAAGUAGCUGAGGCCGCUGUUUCAAAGAAGACUGUUGUAAAUGAUGAUAAAGCUGAAAGACCUAUAUUUACAGGACCUAUAAAUGCUCGUCAGUAUGCAGUAGUUGAGAGCUUCAGGCAUGCUUGGCGGGGUUACAAGGAACAUGCAUGGGGUCACGACAAUUUGAGACCGGUCUCUGGGAUGGCGUUUGACUGGUUCUCUCUUGGACUCACCAUUGUUGAUUCUCUUGACACAGCUUAUAUUAUGGGACUGACUGAUGAAUUUGAAGAAGGCAAACAAUGGAUUCAGAACGAGCUUGUUUUCACAAAGAAUAAAGAUGUAAAUUUCUUCGAAGUGACCAUUCGUGUUCUGGGGGGCUUGCUGUCAUGUUACCAUUUUACUCAAGAUCGUAUGUUCCUGACUAAAGCCAUUGAUCUGGGAGACCGUUUGAUGGCUGCCUUCUCUUCACCAUCUGGUAUUCCAUAUUCCGACGUGAACCUUGGUGAGAGAACUGCUCAUGCACCAGAAUGGUCCCACUACAGUACUACUGCGGAAGUGACUACAGUGCAGUUGGAGUUCAGGGAACUGUCCCGUGCCAGCAACAAUCCUGGCUUUGAGGAUGCUGCCGCAGCGGUAUCUGAGAAAAUACAUCAUUUACCGAAGAAGCAUGGUUUGGUGCCGAUAUUUAUAAACCCCAACACCGGCCAUUUUCUGCCGCACGCCACCAUAACGCUUGGAGCUAGAGGGGACAGCUAUUACGAAUACUUACUCAAACAAUGGCUGCAAACUGGAAAAACUAUCAACUAUUUAUUGGACGAUUACUUGACUGCUAUCGAGGGCGUCCGUAACUUUUUGGCUAAGCGUUCGUCACCUAACAAGCAUCUGUUCAUUGGAGAACUAUCGGCAGGGUCAGAGGCUUUCAAUCCCAAGAUGGAUCAUUUGACCUGCUUCUUGCCGGGUACAUUAGCCCUGGGACACGCUAAUGGCCUUCCUGACUGGCAUAUGACUAUGGCGGAGGAACUCCUCUACACCUGUUACUUGACGUAUGCUGCUCAUCCAACAUUCUUAGCACCGGAGAUAACUCACUUCUAUAUGGAAAAUGUGCCAACGCCCAAAAAUGCUCCACAGGCGAGUGUCGCUGAAGACAUGUAUACUAAGACAGCUGACUCUCACACUCUCCUGCGACCCGAGUUCGUGGAGAGUCUCUGGUAUAUGUACCAGAUCACAGGAAAUACAACGUAUCAGGAUUGGGGCUGGCAAAUAUAUCAGGGAUUUGAGAAGUACGCACGAGUGCCAAACGGUUACACAUCGCUCGCGAACGUCAAGGUUGAGAAACCAGUUCAGCGUGACAUGAUGGAAUCAUUCUUCUUGUCGGAGACUCUGAAAUACCUGUACUUGUUGUUCAGCGAUGAUAGGUUCACAAUUGACCUGAACAAGUACGUCAUUAACUCCGAAGCUCAUCCACUGCCUAUACACAAAAACUAGGAGCCGGUUUAUUGGUACAUUUAAAUCGCAACAUGGUUAUGACGUCAUGACUGCAUGUUUGCGUCGAGACUCCUUUGCGAAACAGCAUAGAGUCGAAUAAGAAAUGCGCGUUUUCGCGAAUCUUUUCCAAGGUAAGAAUUCCUGUAGCCACUGUGCGCUCAAUGGAAUCCCUCUUGGAAAAUAGCAAUAGUAGUGCAAUUUCUUAAAUAUCUAAUUGUGUCAUUAUAGGUGUGUGUUUACUCCCAAAGUUCAGUAUGAAACUGUAGGUAUUAUAAUUAUUGUGUUACGCCAUAUUUAUACAAUACUUAAUAAUAUAAUACUACUACUUGUAGUUAAUGUUGUGCUGAACAGUAUCUAUGAAUUGAGUACUCAUUAUAUUACUAUAAAACCGUUUUCUGUAUUAAUUGUAUAGCAUAUAAUAUUAUUAUCUACUGUCUAGAAACAUAAAUUUUUAUUCAUGCUACAAUUUUUCGAAGAUAUUUAAUAGCAUUUAUUUUCUCGUCUCUGUAGGUAAAUGACGUAUGCAUACAGUGUGUUUAUUCAUAGAAUUAUAAUUUUCUCUAAUACACGAUAAAUAGUAAAAAUAGUAGAUCGAAACACAAUAUUCCUAAUAAUGAUUAUGUAUUUUACUUAGUACUUAACUUGUAACGAAUUUAUAAUUAAUGUUUUGUACAUGCAAGGAAGUUCUUGUAUUACUCACCUUUCUUAGCAACCAAUCAUUAUAUUUUCUGGUUAAUUUAUAACUAAUUUACUUUUUGGUAGACUAUAUUUUGACGGGACCAAAUUUUGUAGUGACUAUGAUAUUAUCACAGAUUAUUUACUAAGUUAAUUUCAAUCAAAGAAUAUUUAUUUGGCUGUAUCAUUGAAUUUUUAUGCAGGCUGGUGGUAAAAUAUUUGCCAUAAUCGACGGGUUGCAUUACAAAAGAAAAUCGCCCUUAUAUAAAAUGAAAUUUAGGGCAAAAUUGCAGUGUAAUGGUUGCAUAAUAAUUGUAAGCCAGCCAGCCGGUGUGAACUAAGUUUAGUCAUAUUUAAAUUAUUUUUACUGUAGUCAAUAUUGUUAUAAUUUAAUUGUUUUUGUUCUAUUGUCUAUAACUGAACAUGCUUUUAUGGCUAGUAAAUUGAAAUGAAUCUCAAGCUUCACGGCUUAUACGGUCCCAAGUGUUGUUAUUCCAAUUAUUUAUACUAUAGUUUGGUUCGGGGUCGUAGUUACUGAAACUUCAAGAUGUAAAGUAUCAUUAUUUUUAUUUAAUGUAGGAUAUAUUUGAAUCAAGUCAUUAUCAUAUUUUUAAUUAUUUGUUAUGUUCAAUAUCUAUAAUAUUAUGUCUAUACUUACCUUACUUGUGUGUGUAUAGGGAACGUAAAGAUGAAAGUUAGAGCGACGUGCGUUAGGUGUAUAAAUUUAAUCUAAGUAGGUAUUUUCUUAGGCAUUGAGUGCUGAUAUUUAGGGUUAUUUAUCGAUACUUUUGGCGAAUUCAGCACUCGAUAUUGUUGUCCCAAAAACUAAUCUGACUCCUUAGGACUUGUAGCAUUUUUACUGCUUUUAGGCUUGUCAUUAAUUGAUUACCACAUAUGUAAAACCCAUUCCCAGAGAACCAAACUCUUGAUGUGCAUUUUCUAACAUCGACCUUUUUCUUCGUCUUUUAAUCGAAUAUUAAAAGACCUGUUCCAUCUGAUACUCUUAGCCAAAUUUGUGUGGAUAUGUUAACAAAAGUGUUUUAGUAGUAUAAUAAAUUUUUACCAAUAAACAAGUCGACUGUCGUCAAGAAAUUACAAAAUAAGUAAUUGUGAAAAAUAUUCAAGUUUUAACAAUUUUGAUGAUAUAUUGUCAUGCUGAUUGUUAUUCGCAGCAUUAAUUCCGUAAUAUGUGCCUCAAAAUACCAUAAUGGAUGCAUUUGCUAACAAUGUUUAAUAACGAAACUACAUAUACAAUGUUUCAAGUUUAAAACAUAUUCGUAUAGACUCGAUUUGUUAAACAAAAUCUAAUUAAUCGAACGCACAUUUUGUGAUAGGUCAUUUUUCACGUUAUUUGCCAAAUUAUACAUUAGGUAAAUGCAUAGCUAAUAUGUUGUUAUGUAUUAUACUUAUACAGCAAGGCAGGAAUGUUAUUUGGCGACAAGACAGCGCGUAAUUUACUGUUGGGUCAAAGUUCAAGACAAAAUGGCAGUUUUACCAAGGUUAGCAUAUACUCGUAGGUGAGCUAGUUAGUUGAAUUAUGAAACGACCUCACUAUGCAAUAAGUCAUGCAUUAUAAUGCCCAGUUAUAAUGGGUAAGUUAAGGCCUAAGAACUACGCAAACAUCACGAUAAAUUAAAUGCACUAACGCACAAUUUACGUAAUUAUAAAGGAAGCCACUAUAGAUUUAAGUACUUAAUAAACGUUGUAUACUUUACCGGGGUUUAGCAUAAAUUAAUAUAAGGUAUGUUGUUCUUCCUUGUUACGAUUUUUGAUACAUAAUAUGUAUAAUGCAAUUAUCAGUUUACGUCCUUAGCUUUCACUUUGUUUUAAUUUAAGUAGUAAUCAAUUAUAUUAUAAAAUUACAUUGUUAAAUGUUUCAUGUUGUUUUAGUGAUAUGCUACAUAAUUCAUUUUAAUUAAAUUUAAUUGUACAUUGUAAUGGUAACUAAAACUGCAAUACAAUGCAAGUUAUGUAUUUUAAAUACAUAUUUUGCAUAAUGUGUUUUAUACUUGUCUGAGAAUUUGACAGGAUGAUGAUGAUGAUUUGUAAUAGACGCUAGUUGGCAUUUAAAAUAUCUCACAAACUGAAAGACUGUUCCGAAAGAAGUACAGUUCAAUCCAAAUGUACCUACACUAGGAUUUGCGCUAGAAAACACAUACGUUAUCCUUAAAAUUAAGGGGCAUAAGAUAUUUUUAUCAUUAUUCUAAUCAAGACAAUGUUAAUCUUUAGCACAUAAUGGACAUUUGUAGGUGACUGUCUUUACAAGUGCGAAUAGAUUAUAGAAUGUAGGAUACCUUUCAAUAAUGCCAAUGCAUAAACUUUCAUGCCACUUAUACAUCAGCUGUUUUAACUGACCAGACCUAUUGAAAAUAGGUAUCUUCAAUUUGUAAUUAAUUUGAUUACAUUGAAAUAUCCAAUUAACCAAAUAAGAGGUAUGGUAUUAGCAUAUUUGAUACUGAAUGUGUGUUGUUUCAAAGUAUGUACUCUAAAUUGUUAUAACAAUUUUAUUUUGUAAUACAUUCAUUUUAAAUUUAUUCAGUUACCAUUUUAAAUUAGUAAUUAGUUACCAACAUUUUGGAUCAUCACUAAAUUAUAUGUUUAGCUAAAAAUAUUGUUCCCGAAUGUGAUGAAUGCUAGUAAGUCAAGGAGAAAUAAUGGCUAUGUCAUUAUUCAAUGAUAAAUAAUUUAUUUACCCAUAUUUGUGGAUAUCACAUUUUAUGUCAUGCAUAUUGUGCCCUUUUAAGCGUUUAUUAAUUCAUUUAAAAGGAAAAUAGUAGUAUUUCGUGUAUUAUUAAAAUUAAGCAAUAAUAGGAGUAUUUGAGGCUGGGUAUUCAUACACAUUAAAUAAUGAAUUUUGCAUUUAUAUCUACAUACAUAUUUCAAUGUCAGUUUACUGGAAUCUUUAAAGUUGUGCUACUACAUAUUGGUUGUAAUAAAUGUACAAUUUAUUAAUGUUUGUGUUUCACUUACCACCCAAUCCCCUGUUUAAUCAGUGUCUUAAAAUAAUACAACUGUUUCAAGGAUAUUUUUUUAUUUGUAGUACAAACGUGUACACUUUUUAUAAAUACAUGUUUUAUAAAUCUACAGUCUAUUUAUUAUACCAAGUAUAGUCUCCUACAGAAAGUGGCUGAAUGCCUUAAUUUUAGCAACAGUUGGCAAAAUAUAACAUCAAAAAUAUAGCUAUAAAGAUUUUCAUUACUCUUGGUAAAUUCAUAAUAAGAAAGGACUUAUAAUAGUGGCGUGGCUAACUGGUAUUGUUUGACCAGAAAAGGAAGAUAAGAAGUACCACUACAGCAAAUACUAAUUCUAAAGUACAGUACGAAACUGGAUACACCUAGUAAUAAUACCAUACACAAGAUAUUAAAAUAGACAGAAAUCUUAAUACAAGACUAUAUUUAAUAAAUGUAUCAAUACUCCCUUGUUUGGAGACUUAUAUUGAUAUGGAAGGACAUUGGCACAAGGCUUUUUAUUCAUUAUAAAAAGUUACUAACACUACAACUUAAUGAUAAUAAAACUACAGAAUUAUAAAAUAGCUGCUGCUAGCUAAUACAGAUUAUAAUUUUUAAAUAAAAGAUCAAGAGAACUGGGCCCAGCAAUAAUUAGUUACAAACAUUGGGCAAUUUAAAAAAAUAAAACAUUUUCUAUUCACUUCAUUGAAAAUUAUGACUGGAAUUUUAUCUUAAAAUUUUAUAUAUUUAAAAUGUGUUUUGUUUCUCAAAAUAUUCUUUUAAUAAUAAGUUAGUCAAAAACAAUGUAGAGUGAUUCAAAAUACAGUCUUUGUGCUACUAUGUAAUAGAGAAGACAAGGCUUUUUCAUAUCACUAAAAGUAUCACUCUCAUUCGUAGGUACCUAAAUAAUAUUAUUACAAUUAUUGUAUAUUAAUCAUACAAAAAUAUAUUUCUUAUCACAUACUUGGAACAUAGUGGAAUGCAAUAUUUUGCACAUUACAAAAAUAGUUGAUAUAAUGGCGUGUUAAGUCUAUGACAGACUCAACAAUAUAAUGUUACCUCAAAUUUUGUCAUAUUAGUAUAAAAGUUAAAUAAAUUGUAAAACCCAAAAUGUUAUGACUUUAAGAGUCAAAAUAAAGCAAUUUAUGCAUGAGCAUAUAAUAGUUUUUGUUAUAAAAAUAUAUCAUUUUAAUAAGAAUGUAAAGUUUAUUGACACAACACCAUAGGUGAGCAAAAAUUCAAGGUUUUCUUCGUGUAUGACUAUGAGUAAAAAUAUAAGAUCAUGGAAUAUGCAUAGAGAUAAUAUUUUAUAACUAGAUGAGCAUACUGAGAAUGUUAUAUAGGUCUACCUUACAUGAGUACACAGUCACAACACUGGAUUGUGUAGUAGAGGCACUUGAUGCCACAAUCUUCUUCUUCAACUGUGGAUGCAGCUGAGCGGGCCUUGUGCGGUGGGGGUGGUCUUAGAUAUACACUAUCUACCUUGUCUACAAACUUCUCAGUAUCCUUAUCAAUCUUUUCCGAUUUGUUUAUCACCUUGUCAUUGUCAAGGUAUUCAUCACUCUUGUCACUUUUAGCAUCAUUAACAUUUGUAUCUCCUGCUGCUUCCUGCAAAUAAUUUGUUUUGCUGUUAUUAUACAAAAAUAUGAAACAAAUUGUAACACUU